AUGGAUCAAGGGUGGGAGGAAGCGGCGCGCCUCAUGAACGAGGAUACUAUAAGGGUCAAUCGUCUGACUUUCUGUAAACACGGCCACGAAUACUGCAAUCACUGCUCGGCCGACCACCGGCUUGGGAACGACGAAGAACUUUCCGGCGAGUCCUCGGUGACCGAUGAGGAAAUCACGGAGACAUUGGAAGCUCUUGGGCUUGAACCUGGAUCCGACGCGUAUGAGACGAAACUCAUGCAGACUAUGAACGAAAUAUACUCUCGACUUCCUCAGCCUACUCGGAAACCGUUGUCGAUUGCAGGCCUUGUAUACGACACUGGAAGGAAAACUUCUCACUCAGACGCACCGGAUGCCGAGUUUCCCGGCUUAACUAUUUGGGCAUGUAGAGAGCAUAAGCGCGAUAACUGCCCGAACUGCUUCAACUGGAAGAAGCUUUUACGGUCUUUGGAGAAGAAGAAGGACGAUGGCAAGUUGAAGGAUAACGAACAGAUCAUCUCUCUGCUACAAGCAAUGGGUGUCAUUAUCUCACCUGACACCAAACUUUCCGCGGAUGUUCUGCAGAAGAAGAUGAACACGGCUUUGAAGUUCUCUCAGGGCAAUGCAGUAUUUUCUGCUUCGUCUCCGCUCGAUCCAAACCUGUUGCCUAGCUGGAAGACGCAGGAAGACUCUCUAUCGAGUGCCAUGACGCGCGGCAACCUGAUAGAGACUGAAGCAUAUCAGGCCUGGAAAGCAGGGGCAGAGGGAAAGGCCCCUCCUCCGCGACCGCGUCUGUACGACAACGCUUUCAACGAUGCAAGACAAUCGAUCUGGCACCUCGCUCAGUGCUACGAGAAGGACAUCUACUCAUGUGUGCUUCAAGAUGCUGAUGAACAAGAAGCCAUAUGUAUUCGCCUCAUUGAUGCCCGUGCGCUCGAUGAGAAGACGCCUGUGAUCAUCCUGGCAUACCAGACGGGCACAGCUCACGAGCCUAUCUCUAAUGUAGCCGGGUUUCUUGAGGCCAACGUCGAAAAAGGAUACUUGGGAACACUUACAUGCACUCCUCAAGAACAGGCUCUCCUACGGCACUUGCUGUUGUACAACUCCAAGAGCAUCUCUGAUGACUAUAAGCCUGUCUUGGCGGACUACGAACAGCAUUUCAGGAUGAGCUUUAUAGCGCCACUCGCGCCAUUGUCACAAUUUCAGAUCGGCAAGGUGAUGCAAAACCUCGGUUGUGCGCUCUGUGGGCGGACUGAGUCGACGAGUCGUUGCUCAUCGUGUUUAUCCAUCGUGUAUUGCGGUGCAGCGUGCCAGAAGGCAGAUUGGAAGCGUCACAAGCAGUCGUGCAAGACCCUUGCUGGUGGAACGUGGGUAGAGGCGACCUUUUGCGAGAACCCAUUGGAGGCAGAGGGUGCAGUCGCGGUCACCGUCAAUCAUUCAUCGGGCAAGAUCGAGGGCAGGCAGCCUAACGCAAUGGAUCCGCCUCCGAACGUUCACGGCACUAGACCGUUCAUUGUCAAGAUUCAGAGACCUCUCUACCCUCCACGGAGUACCUCUCGCGCAACUAUGCUCGUAUACGACCAGAAGAGGACGUUCCAAGGUCACAUCACCGCGGCCGAAAAUCCCAGGUUUUGGCGCGAGGCUCUUCCGCUGAUGCCAUUUAACUCGUCUAAACAGAAGAUCUAUCGCUGGGCAAAGCGCGCCGGCGACUGGCGGUUGAGUGUGUGCCUGGACCGUGAGGUUGGGGAUACUCCACAGUGGUAG